UAAAUAUAUAUUCCAAAAUACACGCACUUACAUACAACUUACACAUAUUAACAAUAAUCCCGAAAAUAAAAAACCUCGCCCAUCUCCCCCCCACCAAUCCACGAACCAUUAUUUAAUAAACAAUAUUGAAAGUCAACAAAUAAUCAUAUUAACAACAAAAAAAAAAACAACCCAAAAGAGAACGUCUGAGAGGAAGCAAUUUCGAAAAUAAUUGUUAAUGAGAUUGCAGCAAAAACGAAUGAAUCCACAAGUAGCUGCAGAGCAGAGCGGAAAGGGAUAUUUAUAAAUAAUACAAAUUAAUAAAAACAUAUUCACAAAUACUGUGCUCGGUGCUCGGUGUUUAAGAUACUAAAAUAUCCUAUCUCUUUUGAUUAUUAAUUUUAUGUUGCCCUUUACUGAAUGAUGAUGGCCUACGUUUACAGUGAGCUACAGAAUUUCAUGGACAUAACAAUAGAUACUUGAUGGAUGCAAUUGUAGCUAGAAGGACAAGAAGAAGACGUAGAAGAAGAUAGAUAGAUAAAGAAGUCAAGUCAAGUCAAAGGAACAAUAAAUAGAAUCAAAUCAAAGAUAAUUUUUACGUUUCAGUGGGGAAAUUAUACCACAAACUGAACAACUAAACAUAUUUUAGAAGUCGUCAACCCUCCAUUCUACACCUUCUCCUUCUUGUAUGCUCCAGAAAGGAUGACUAAUUACUAACUUUAAGCUAAUGACACGCCAAUAAGCAACAAACACAACCAACCAACAACAAGCAACAAUACAAAUUUAAACAAACGAAACUACUAAGCGAAACGAACUACAAGAAUAAUAACUAAAUUAGACUAAAACUAUCACAACUAAAUGCAAAUGAAGCAUCAACAACAACAGCAGCAGGAGCAACAAUUGAUCAGGAAAUCAAUGAACAGCAAACGAAAGCAUAAAAAGCUCAAAGCAAAACAAAGUAGUAAACAAUAGAGAAAGAGAAGAUUAAACUAAGUAACAAAUAAAACCCAAAAUAAUAUAAACCAACAACAAGCUUUGAGUAUGCAACAGGCUGGUCAAUUGACGCAACAGCAAUUACAACUCCAGCUACAGCAGCAACAACAACAGCAGCAGCAGCAGCAGCAACAAAAUGGCGGCGAUAUGGCUGCCUAUGCGGCUGCCCAGGCUCAAGCAGCAGCCGCGGGCGGUCGACGGGCUCCCAUGAGCGGCGGUCGCUUUGAUUUUGAAGACGGUGGCACCUACUGCGGCGGCUGGGACGAGGGCAAAGCCCACGGCCAUGGCGUCUGCACCGGUCCCAAGCAUCAGGGCGCCUAUGCCGGUGCCUGGAACUAUGGCUUUGAGGUGUCCGGAUCAUACAUUUGGCCCAGCGGUUCACACUACGAGGGUCAAUGGCAGAACGGACGUCGUCAUGGCUUGGGAGUUGAGCAAAUUGGCCGGCAAUUGUAUCGCGGCGAAUGGUCCAAGGAUGGACAUAAGGGACGCUAUGGUGUUAGAGAGAGCACUGUGUCGACGGCCAAAUAUGAGGGCACCUGGAAUGAGGGCUAUCAAGAUGGCUCCGGCUGUGAAACGUAUGCGGAUGGAGGCAAGUACCAGGGACAAUGGCAGGAAGGCAAACGUCAUGGUUAUGGUAUACGCACCUCGGCGCCCUUUGGCCUGGCCUCUCACCAUCGUCGCAAGAAUCUGCACGCUUCCUUGAGCUCGCUGCGCAGUGGAGAGAACGGGAAUGCGGCCAAAGCGGCGGAGAAAGCAGAGGAAAUUCGCGGUGGCUUUGUUCUGACAGCCAAAUCGGAUAAACUACCAGUGCGACGCAAUAGUCUAACAGAGAAAUCCAAAAAGGGUUUCCUAAUGGGCUUAAAAAUGCGCAAACAACGCAGCACAGGGGAUCUGGAGAAACGUGGCACAAUUGCAUCCGGUAGCAUACGAUCCACAAUGUCAUCGGCCUCUUGGAUAAGUACCGGAUCGGAGCAAUCCAAUAUGACUGCUAAAUCCACACACACAGAGUCCAAUGCCAGUUUUACAAUGGAAGAUGAACAGCUGGAUCCCACAGUGGUCGAAACGUACAUGGGCGAAUGGAAGAAGGACAAACGUUGUGGUCACGGUGUGGCCGAGCGAAGCGAUGGACUUAAAUAUGAGGGUGAGUGGUACAAUAACCGCAAACAUGGCUACGGUGUGACUACUUUCCGCGAUGGCACCGUCGAGGAGGGCAAAUACAAGAAUAACAUUUUAAUCACCAGCCAAAAGAAGAAGCAUUUGUUCCUGGCGCGUUCGCGCAAAUUCCGUGACCGCAUUACGGCCGCCGUUAAUUCAGCCCAACGUGCCCUCAAAAUGGCCAUGCAACGUUCCGACAUGGCCAUUUCACGCAUGGCCACUGCCGCAGCCAAGGCCCAAAACGCGGAUGUUGCUGCCGAACAGGCACGCAUCGAUUGUGAGAAUGCCGUACGCAUGGCCCGCGAAUUCGCUCCGGACUUUAAGCCAUCGGUUUUGGAACGUUUCGAAAAGUUGCGCUAUCGCGAACGUGAACGUUUCCGCGGCUCGGCACCGACCGCUGCCGAUUAUCUAACAAUGUCGGGGGCAACGGCUGGCAUUGCUGGUGGAAAGUCCACACAAGCGCCAGCAACGACAUCGUCGGCAACACUGCAGCAACAGCAGCAGCAGCAACAAUUUUCACCAACGAGUAGCAGUGGCUCCGAUGCCUAUGCCACGCAGGCGCAACGACAUCAACAAUAUAUGAAUAUGCAGCAGCAACAACGUCGCAUGUCCCAGCAGAAGCAGGAAUCAGAGUGCCCCGUGCCAUCGUCCAUGUAUUCCCAGCAGUUGCCCGUGUCGCCGCAAACGGAUCUUUCGGCAAUGGUUAAUCAAGGUCAGCCGAGUCAUGCCCAGGUGAUCAGUGCUAUCAAUCAAAUGUACCACCAGCAGCAACAUCAGCAGCAACAACAGCAGCAACAGCAGCAGCAACAACAACAACAACAACAACAGAGCAAUCCCCAAAUGAAUCCUGCAUAUCAGUUUCAGCAACAGCAACCGCCCGGGCAGCAAACGACAAAGCUGAAUCAGACACAGCCUCAGGGCCAGCAAUUGCCCUUUGGAGCCGGUACCAAUCAGAUAAAUCUUACGGCGCCCAGCAAUUUAUCACCACAACAACAACAGCAGCAGCAGCAACAACAACAACAACAGCAGCAGCAGCAACAAUUGCUGGCACAACAACAGCAAAUGCAGCAGCAACAACAAAGACUUUACCAGCAGCAACAGCAACAGCAACUCCAACAACAGUCCUCGCUACAGCCCUCGCCCAGUCACAAUCCCUCAAAUCUUUUAAGGCGCCCCUCGCAGCAGCAGCAACACCAGCAGCAACAAUUGUCAGAGGCCGCUGCUGCCGCCAAUGCUGCAGCCAUGGCUGCUGUCCAGCAGCAACAACGCGGCGGAAGGCCCCCCAUGUUGGGCCAGAUGGGCCAACAAUCGUCCAUUGACCACUUCGACCAUUAUAAGCGACCACCCAGCAGGGAUUCAUCGAUUGAUCGCUAUGCCCGGGCGGCUAGUCGCAUGAGUGGAGCCUUUGCCGGGUCCCGUCAGACAUCGCUCGAUCGUUCCGGACUGACUGAUACGAUGACCAACGGGGGGACAAGCACACCGGACGGUCGACCCAGAGCUGGCUCAGUAUUUCGGGGCACAACUCCUGUGCCAGGUGGUGCUAGCACAGCCACAGCCGGGACCUCAGCCAUGACAGGCAAUGGGACGCUGCCCUCGGGCACGGGCCGUUUAUCGCGAGCGGGUACACCAAGUCUGGGCGGUGGUGGCGGGCGUGCACCCAGUCAAACUAAUGAGCCACUCUUCUCGUCGCCCAAUCAACCAUUCGAGGAUGUACUGCUGCGCCAGCGUACACUCGGUCAGGAUAUCAUUCCCUCGCCCUCGCAACCCAAACGCACGGAGAGCUUAUAUCUGCCAGCCAAGCCAGCAACGCCGGUGGGCAUGGCAAUGGGCGGUAAAGCAGGCGGUGGAGGCGGCGGCAAGAAAAUGAAGAUGGCGCCCAUUAAUGUGUCGCUGCAGCGAAAGAAAUCCAUGCCAGAUUUUCAAGAGCUGCCGCGGGCCACCGAGGCGAUGAGUCGGGAAGAGGUCUCGGCCUUGGGAUCGGCCCGCCGGGAGGCAGUACGUCGUCAGAUUGAAACCAAUGAGCGUUUGAAAGCGAAUCCCCUGCUGUACUUAGUUAGUCCACAGGUUAAGGAUUGGUUUGUCCGGCAACAAUUGAUGCUGUUGGUGUUGAUUUUCAAUGCGGCAUUGGCGCUACUCUUUGUCUAUAUGCUUACCUAGCGCCGAAGGAUCCAAAGGAUACCCAGGACCAGGAACAUAUGUCAUCAACGGGCAAUCGAAUGUCAUAACAGUACAGUUGCGCAGCCACUGUUAGUUCUCGAGCCAUUGCUAACAGUUUGACAUGAACUGUUUCCUGUUUCCGAAUUGUUCUCUUUCAUUUUCUUUCAAUUUUUUCUCUUCUUUUUUUUCUUUGUUCGACUUUGUAUUGACGGGGCUAAAAGCUAAGCUAAUAAUUUUUUUAGCAUUUGCAGUAAAAACAAAUUAUCAGAAGUUUAUA